UUUCAAUACAAACACACUGUCUGUGUAUAUCAUCUUAUAUUUGAUCCAAUAAUCAACAACAAUGUGUGACAAUAAUCAUAGUCUACAAGAAUUAACAGAUAAUAUCGACAAAUUGAUGGUACAAUUGGCAACAUUAAGACAACAACAACAACAACAAUCAGAUGAUGAAGAAGAAAAAGUGGACACUUUAUGUAAAUCAUUGGCACUGAUCUAUAAUAAUAGAGGUUUCUGUUACUACAAGUCGGUUGAGUUUAAUUUGGCCGCCGAUGACUAUACUCGAGCCGUUGAAUUAGAUCCCCGAUUGGCAGUCGCUUACUAUAACAGAGGAACUAUUCACUACCGGAUGAACAAUUUUGACAAAGCAAUCGUCGACCUGAAGUUGGCCACCGAUUUGGAGCCGCAGAACCAAGAGUUUCGGUUGGCUUACGAGCACUGUUGCCAACAGUUGGCGGCGAUGGCCACUAAUACCGAUAUCACCGACUCUGGGAUCAGUUAA